UCUGAAGCUUGAGUACCUUAAGCGUGACCAUCUUCCACAAACAGAAUGAAUGAACUUAAUGACUCAAUCCAAGAGUUCAUCAUCAUCGGCUUUCCGGGGUAUCAAGACAGAAACAGCAGAUUUAUCAUUUUUGGAGUUUUACUGACAGUAUAUGCCAUCCUCUUAUUAGGAAAUCUAUUUAUAAUUGUUAUUGUCUUAAUUGACAGAGACCUGCACACUCCUAUGUAUAUUUUAAUGUCCAAUCUUGCUCUAGUAGACGUAGUCAUUACAACCACCACUAUUCCCAAACUGCUAGCUGUCCUUGGCACUGGUGCGAGUGGAAUUUCUAUUGCAGGGUGUUUCAUCCAGACACUUUUCUGUGGAUCUGUCACUGCUGUGGAGUCGUUUCUUCUUGCAAUCAUGGCCUAUGACAGGUAUCUGGCCAUUUGUAAGCCACUCCAUUAUUACACUAUUACAAACAACAGUGUGGUCUUCAAACAAGUAGUCUGUUGUUGGGUAGGUGGUUUCAUAGCUCUAACCAUUCCACUCAGUUUAACUUUCAGGCUACAGUUUUGCGGAUCCAACAAGCUCCUCCAUUUUUUUUGUGACCAUUCCGCACUGUUAAAGUUAGCAUGCACUGAUACGACCAUCAACAGCUAUUUAAGUUUAAGUAUAGGAAUGUGUGUCCUGUUAGGCUCCAUGCUGUACAUCCUGUUUUCAUAUGCAAAGAUCAUUAUGUCAGUCCUGAAAGUCACAGGCAACGAAGGAGGUUUGAAGGCCUUUUCGACCUGCGGUACACACCUACUGGUCAUUUCAGUGUUUUUCCUGGUUGCUGCCGGUGUGUACACCGCAGGCCGAGUCCCAGGCAGUUCUCUUGAUAUUCGCGUCAUAGCAGCACUCAUUCAGAAUGUGACUCCGCCAUUAAUGAACCCAGUCAUUUAUUGUUUGAGGACAAAAGAGAUUAAGGUCAGCUUUGUGAGACUGCUGAAAAGGAUCGACAUAUUACCCAACGGAAAUUGAUGGGUGUAAAUACUCGGGGAUCAGUCUUAUUCUCUUUGACUCCAUAGCUCUGAAUGUAUGAUCAUAUUUAAUAGUAAAUAUAUUAGCAACCUUCAGGCACAAGUUUAAACAUAAGAAAAUAAGAAGCACACUAUUCAGUCCUUCAGACUUGAUUGGUUAUCGACUACAGAAGGUGUUCAAGUACUUCGUCCAGAUAGCUUUUAACACUUUGAAUGCCCCAGUGGAAAUAAGUGAAUUUGUUCAUGACACCAAUGCAAAA